AUGCAUGCCAAGAUACUUCUACUCGGCCUUGGCUGCGCCUCCGUGGCUUGGGCACAGCUUGCGGACACCUCCGACUACCCUAGUGGGCCAUUGACUUCGUCAAGUACUAAAUGGGCCACGAAAGUUUGCGACAUCACCAAGUACGGCGCUGUGGCGGACGGAGCGACAGAUGCCGGGGCCGCUAUCCUGGCUGCCUUCGAUACAUGCGCUUCGGGUGGAGUUGUGAAUAUUCCGUCGGGAACAUUUGCUCUGAAAACAUGGGCCACACUCAGUGGAGGAAGUGCGUGGGCUAUCAAUCUCGAAGGCAUCAUCGUUCGAACUGGAACGGCGGGGGGUAAUAUAAUCUACAUUGAGCAUAGUACCGACUUUGAGCUCUAUUCUUCCAAUAGUGAAGGUGCGAUGCAGGGCUAUGGCUAUGAGUUCCAUUCUAAAGGAGAGUAUGGCCCCCGUCUCCUGCGUCUUUACGAUGAUAAGUACUACAGCCUCCUCCUCCGAGAGCCAGUGACAAACUCUGCUAUCCACGACAUUGCUCUCGUCGACUCCCCGGCCUUCCAUCUAACUCUCGACACUUACAACCAAGGCGAAGUUUACAAUAUGAUCAUACGAGGCGGGAAUAAAGGAGGUCUUAAUAGCAUUAACCUUUGGGGCUUUGACCUCUGGAUUCACGAUGUCGAGGUUACCAACAAAGAUAAAUACGUCACGGUCAAGAGUCCGGCAAACCAUAUCCUCGUUGAGAAUAUCUAA